ACAACAGCAGCGAUAAUGAAUGAUCAUCAUCAUCAUCAAAUGGCGACUAAAGCAUCAUCAUUAAUGAAAGAUAACAAAAAUAAGCAAAAUAAUGGUGAACAUAUUAAUCAUUAUGGCCUAUAUCUUUAUGAUUGUUGUAUUGUUUAUCUUUAUUGUCGACAACAUCAACGAUUGGCCAUUGUUGAAGUACAAGAUAGAGGAUUAUUCAUACCAUUUACGCCAAUUCGACGACAAGAAUCAUGGCAAUCAGCAGCUGAACGUUUAGUACAGAAUCUGAUUCGAUUAUCAAAAUAUAAUAAUAAUAAUAAUAAAAAUCAAAAUCAACAUAUAACACAAUCAAUGUAUAAUGAACCGAUUCUGAUGGACAUUUUACGUAUACAAAUACCGGAUUAUUUGGAAUUUAUUACACGUAUUGUAUAUCGUAUCGAAUUGAAAUGUACGGAUUCAAUGAAUAUCUGUGGACAGGAUAUAAAUUCAAAUAAAACAAUUGCCUGGUAUACAAUCAAUGAUGUUCGUCAUCAUUCAGAUGGCCAUGAUUAUCUUGGUGCAGAACCAAUGAUAUUAAUAACUGAUAACGAUAACGAUGAUCAUAAUAAAUUGAAUUAUCGUGAAUCAACCAUAAUGACUAUGUUAUCAAAUGUUUUUCAAUUAUCAAAAAAUUCAAAUCGUUUAUUACAACAAAUGAAUUAUAAUGAAACCGAUAUAUUGCGAUUAUAUUCAGAUUUCUUACAGCAUUGUUAUCCAUCCGAAUUUAUGACUAGUUUAUCGUUGAAAAAUUUUCUUAAAAAAUGGCAAUAUGAAUUACCGACAAAGAUUAUCGAAAGUAGUAGUAGUGGUGGUAGUGGCUCAAAAAUUUUAAAUGAUUUAGAUAGAAAUUACGUUGAAAAAUUUCGUCAACUAUUUUCUCAAGAAAAUCAACAACAACAACAACAACAACGAACAAAAUCGAAUGAUUCUAAUUCGAAAUGGCUUUACUUGAAUUUCAAUGAAUUCAUAUUAGGUUUAGCAAGUAUUGAUAAAUUGCUUAAAUCAACUAAAUCGGCGGAAACUAAUAAAAUUUCAAAUGACAAUAAUAACAACAAUAAUGACAACAGCGAUGGUAAUAAAAAAAGCCGACGACACAUUGAUACUAAUAAAAAUAAUGAUGACAUAAUAGUGACAAAAUCACAGCAACAACAAUCACCAUUAGAUCAUCUUAGACGGCGACAGCAUGAUUGUUAUCCACAAAUUCGACGACAACGAAUACGACAAUUAUCAUUAUCAACAACAAUGACAAGUUCAAUAUCAAUAUCAUCGUUGUCUUGUCCAUCAUCAUUAUCAUCA